AUGUCAUUUCGCGACGGCCAGCGUCGGUAUGGCCAUGUGCCCCCGGUGCAGUACCCCACCGCCGACCAGUCGCAAGAUCAGUCUUACCUCGGCCGACGCCCGAGUUUCAACAACGGGGACGACGCCGCCAUGUCUGACCAGAACCGAGCGCAGCCUCCCCAGGGCCACCAGCAUACAUCUUCGAGGGGCGAGGACGAAUUAUUCUUGACCAGUCCGACUGGAUCGAGCCACUCUGGAGGUCGUCACAGCUACGGCUCGACAAACAAUGCCCUGUCCGGCUACCAACAUCAGUACCAAGCCUCGUCGCCUCCCACAUCGUCUCACUCGACAUACAACCCCCAGGCCUUUGCGCGAACGCCGUCGACGGCCUCAGCGACAACGAGCCUGCCAUACCUCCCCCAUCCGUCGCACCGAUUCCAGUCUGCCACCUCGCCGACUUCAUACACUCCUCCCGCCGCUUCCAGCUACACGCCGCCUGCUUACAACCCGGCCGCCUACGCGGGCACCUCUUCGGCACCCCAGCGGCAGCCGACAUAUUCUGGAUACAACAACUACAGCCAGAGCUACGGCUCCCCGACCAACUCACAGCCCUCUUCCGGUUUUCAGUCGCCUCCCGCUUCAUACAACUCCACUUUUCAGUCGAUGCAGGCCUCCGGAGCUUCGCAAGCCCCGGCUUACGAGCAGUCAUACUCGCAGUCUUACGGCGACAAUUACGGUGCGUACGGGACAAAUGGUACUGGCUCAACAUAUGCGGUAUCAGACACCUCGUCGGCCCCCUAUCCGAUGCAGUCACAGAUGCCUGUCGGGCCAAAUUACUCUGCCGAUCCUACCUCCUUCUACAACAGGUCCACACGGUCCGACUCGGCAGCCUCCCCGAUUUCCUCGCCGCAGAUUCCGCAACACUCUCCUGGUCUGCAACGACAUCCCACCAACGCCCCUCUUCCCAGUCGGCCGAUGGAGGAGCCGACCUGGGACCCGAGCGCCGCAACCCCCACCGACGAGGACCAAGCCCAGCUGCAGGCCAACAUUAUGCAAGACAUUGAGGCGGAACUGGGCGGACGACACCGACCCAUACCUGUCAACGGUCAAUUCUCCGACGACGAACUCUCAGGCUUACGACGCUACAACUCAGACCUCGCAUCGAUGAAUCCAUCCGCUCCGAACAGAAGCAACCCUACCCUCACGGUCGAUUACGAUGAAGACGAUGAUGAUCCAGAGGGAACCGCGGGGUUGCUGGCCAUGCAACAGGCCGACUUGGAAGACCGGCGGUUCAGCAACAUGGCAGCGAUUUAUGAUGCCGCCCCCGCGGCUUUGACUCAGUUCCAACCUACCCCCGAGGAGCAGAGCGACAGUACGGAUCUUGGCGGCAUGGACCUCGGUGCACUUUCGGGUGGUUAUGCUGGAAACUUGGCGUACGGCGACGAAAUGGGAUCACCGCCCCGAGAUGGAUCAAGGCCGCUGCCCAACCCGAACGACUACUCCCAAGCUCCCGCUUUCAGACAGGCCGAAGUCGACUAUGGCGGCACUGGCGGUCUGCAAGCUCCAACUACUCACCGUCUAAGCUUCGACGAGGGCGAUGAACGGGUAUCACUCAACUCCAAGCAGAGCGGUAGCGAGUCUCCGUACAAGGAGGACUACCCUGACAUUUUUUACCAUCCCGGACUUACGAACAGGCCACUUCCAGCGCUGCCGCCAGGCCCGGGUAGCGAUACAAGCUCUUUACUAUCCGUACAGCAAACCACUCGCAGCUACCAUUCCCAUUCGCUCAGCACCGAUUCCCGCACGCUCUAUCACGACGGCUCCGAUUACUACCAACAGAGCACGACAACAGUCAACUCUCUACAAUCACCAUUCCCUGAGCGGUCUAUUUCCCUGUCAAGCCACAGCCAUACCCCUCAGGUGCAGGCGCCGACCCGAUCACGAACUGACGCGGCUGAAGAGCGGAGGAAGAUGGCCAGACACCAAAUGCAGCAGCAGCAGCUUGCCGCACAGCAAGGACUACCUUACGAUGCCUACUCAGAUACCGGAACACCUUCUUCGAUGGCAUAUGAUAUGAUCACAUUACCAAGCGGCCGAAAGAGGAAAUUUGUUCCGUCCAAGUUGACAUCGGGCGACAUCAAGAGGUGUACAGAACCGUGGGCCCUGAGCGGAAUCGCAAACUGGAUCCGGGAAAUGGCCGACGGCGAACCGGACUUGAAGCAAAAGUCGGUCGAGGAAGCGUUGUUGAAGCUCUUCACAGCGAAGGUUCCUACGAUUAACGUGGCUGAUGCUGAGCUUCUGAGCACGCUCGUCUCCCAGCUGAUGCUGGACGCCGGUGUCUUAGUUCCGGAAGAAGAGUGGGUCAAGUUUGGAACCGGGCAGAUUUCCGGAGUCUUGCCCCAGUUGACGGGCACCGGCUGCUACGCGUCCAAGCUGCACGACGAUGAAUCUCAAAGCGGCCGGUGCUAUUCGUACCACUGCAUGAGGACAUUGAAAAAAGCCAAUUUGGACGAGGUGCUGCUCGAAGAGGUCAAGGCUAUUGACUGGAACGUCCAUUAUAAGGUUCAGGAAGCGGACAUGGCAGAGAAGCCGAAGAAGGAAGUUGAACGCCAACACGUUCUUCACGAAAUCGUCAACAGCGAGGAAUUGUUCGUCAACCAGCUCGAGGUCCUUCGCGUCCUCUACAGGGACCACCUACGCAACAGUCAACCGCCCAUCAUUCCCCCCAACAAGAUUGAUAAGUUCCUUCAAGUUGUGUUCGGUAAGGCGGAUGCUGUCCAAAUCGUCAACAAGGAUAAUCUCCUUGCGCAACUGAAGUACCGACAGCAAGAGCAGGGCCCCUGGAUCACAGGCUUUUCGGACCUCUUCCGCGAAUGGAUCCGAAAGGCUCGCGAUGUGUACAUUGACUAUGCGUCCCAGUUCCCUUAUGCCGAGUACAUGGUGCGGAAAGAGUCUGAUCGUAACCUUCUCUUCCGCAACUUCCUUGAUCAAGUACAAAAGCACAAGCGCUCUGAGCGUCUGGGCUGGCAGCAUUUCCUCAAGACCCCGAUCACUCGUCUGCAAAGAUACUCUUUGCUCCUCGAGACCGUUGAGAAGAAGUCCAUUCGCGAUGACGAGGAGAAGGCGAAUCUCGCAAGGGCAAUCGCAGAAAUCCGCAACGUUACCAUGGAGUGUGACACCAAGGUCGCGGAGAUGCAGAAGAAGGUCGAGAUGAUGGAACUCAAUUCCAUGCUCGUCCUGAGACCCGGCUUUCAUUCAGUCCUCAACCUUGACCAUCUGGGCAGAGAGCUUAUUAAGCAAGGCGAUUUGCAAAGAAUGGGCUCCAAGGGUGUCAGAUGGGUCGACACGCACGCGCUGCUGUUUGACCAUUACUUCAUCCUUGCCAAGGUAGUCAGCCCCAAGGACGGCAGGGGUGAGAAGAAGUACGAUGUGUCAAAGGAACCAAUUCCAAUGCCCCUGCUGUUCCUGGAUACGAUGAACGACGAUCCGAUCUCCAAGCAAAAAGGCAUCACAGCCCCCCUGGCCCGGACCGGAGUUGGUGCAGGAGGAUCAGAUCCCAGGCUCAACAAGAUCACGUCUAACGGCACUGAGCGCCCGGGCCUGGAGCAUGUUGCUACGAGCUCAUCAAUAGGUUCGACCUCUACCGCAAGACUCACGCCAUCCUUGUCUACCGACCCCGAAGGCAAAAUCCUCUACCCCUUCAAGAUCAAGCAUCUCGGUCACGAGACCUACACUCUCUAUGCUACAUCGUCACAAGCCCGAGCGGAAUGGGUUGAGAAGAUCAUCGAGGCAAAGACGCGCCAUGCUAAGGCGCUAUUCUCGCAGAACGCUGAGCCCUUCCGCCUUCGAGUGCUUGCCGACAGCGCCUUCGUAUAUGAUGCGGCGUCUGCUGUUGGAAGGCAACCAGGCGUUCCGAUCCGGGGUACCCCGCUCGAUCGCGCUGUCCGUGAGAUUGAGGAGGUCUACGGACCUGGCAGGGGGCCUGCUCCGGUUUGUCGAGCGCAGGUCAACUGUGCUUGUGGUUUCAACGCAUUUGGCAAGUCCAUCAUUGCCAUCGGAACAGACUACGGCGUGUACAUCUCUGACGCGACAAAUCCCCGCGGAUGGAUGAGGAGCGUACAAACUUCAAGGGUCACACAAAUAGCAGUGCUUGAGGAGUUUUCGGUUUGCCUCAUCAUUGCAGACCGAUCCCUGAUUGCGUAUCCGCUGGAUGUGAUUGCGCCAGUAUCAAACUUCCCUGCUCCCGCUCACGACAACCCUAGGCGUGCCCCUCAGAGGCUAGCCAAGGACGUGGCAUUCUUCGCCACGGCUCGCAUGAAGGAGCGUAUGCUCGUCUUCUUCAAGCGAAGAGAGGGUAUGCACAACACCUUCAAGGUGCUUGAGCCGGUAUUUCAGAAAGCCUCAGAGAAGAGAUCGCGGCUGUUUGGUGGGCACAGAGGCAUCAAGGGCAGUACCGACUCGUUCCGCGACUACGACGAGUUCUAUUUGCCGACAGAGUGCUACUCUCUAAACCUCUUCCAAAGCUACAUCGCGGUGUCUACUGCGAAGGGCUUCGAGCUGCUCACUCUUGACAAGAAACAGACGAUGUCGAUCCCCGACCUUAAGCAACCAGCAAUUGCCAACAUCGCCAGCAGAAUUAGAGACCAAAGGCCACUCGGCAUGUUCAAGCUGAAUGACCAGGAAUUCCUGUUGGCGUAUGAGGACUGCGCGGUCUACGUUGACAAGCACGGCGAUGUGAGCCGCACUCUCAUCAUGGAGUACUCGGGCAAGCAGAAGAAGGCUACGAGUGCGACAAUGUACGGACAGUACCUGCUCCUCUUCAACGGAGAUUAUGUGGAGGUGCGCAACGCCGAGAACGGUCGCCUCAGACAGAUCAUUGCUGGCCGCGAUGUUCGCUGCCUCGACUUCGGUGUUAGAGGCCCGACGGGCGGCAACGCGACAAACAACCAGCAGAACAACUGGCUCGGCGGCCAAACGCCGGCGGGAGAAGACUCCAAGGGAACGGUCAAGAUUUCCAUGAGCCAUCCUGAGCAACAUGGCGUGCAGAUUGUCUUGGAGAUGCUUCUCAACGAUGGACAUAUGGAGAAGUAA